CCUCCGAUGGGGAAGCUUUACGGUGCACACGCUUCGUUUUAAACAGCCUUCACAUUUAGUAAAUAUGGAGACCCCCGAGGUUACUUUUACUUUGGCAUACGUGGUGUUUGCGGUUUGCUUCGUUUUUCCUCCCAAUGAAUUUCGGUCUGCCGGGGUGACGGUGCAGAAUUUGCUGUCAGGGUGGCUUGGCAGCGAGGACGUGGCAUUUGUUCACUACCACAUUAAGAGGACCUGCGCGACACUACUUGUGCACUCUUUAUUGCCACUAGGCUAUUAUGUAGGAAUGUGUUUUGCAUCUCCAGAACAAAAGUUAUAUAAUGUUCAUCUUGCAAGCGAUGGAUGGCAGCUGUACUUUUCCUUGGCAUUUGCUCUUCCUUUGGUUUGUGUCAUAUUAGUAUACUACUGGUCAUGGAGGAAAUGGAGUUACCAUCCCAUUGCCAGGACACUUGCAAGCCAUGCACUUCCUCAAUCAGGCUGGAGAGCUGUGGCAUCUUCUCUCAACACUGAAUUUCGCCGUAUUGAUAAAUUUGCCACCGGCGCUCCUGGUGCUAGGGUGAUUGUCACAGACACUUGGGUAAUUAAGGUAGCAACAUAUAAUGUGCACAUUGCACAGCAACAGGAGAUUCAUUUGACAGUGACAGAUUCUAAACAACAUGAACUAUCCCCGGAUUUUAAUACUCCAGUGCAAUUUCUUACCAUUUGUGUCGCCAGCAUCAACCCUAACAUAAAACCUUUUGACAUAAGAUUGAAUUCAACAGAAUAUGGUGAAAUGCGUGAGAAGCUUCAUGCUCCAAUCCGAAAUGCUGCUAACGUUGUCAUCCACCAAACCCUAAGUGACAUGUUUUUGGAAACAUUUAAAUGUCAGGUGGAAUUGAACCAACGUUAUUCUUUGCCUAGUGGUCAGGAUUUGGAACCUUGUAUUGGCUGUAUGCAAGCCUCAGCCAACAUGAAACUGUUGAAAUUGUGCCAGGAAGAUGAUGAUGGAGAAUGCCAAGACUGUUAUUGCCGCCCUAUGUGGUGCAUGACCUGCAUGGGCAAAUGGUUUGCAAGUCGACAGGACCAGCAGCACCCUGAGACAUGGCUAUCAAGCAGGGUUCCCUGUCCAACCUGCAGGGCAAAAUUUUGUAUUCUUGAUGUGUGCUUGGUGGAUAAUUAAUGUGGAAAUCACAAAUGAACAGUGACACUUAAGCAUAAAUAUCCAUAAAGGAUGUGAAAAAACAGCAUUUUAAAACAGACCCAGGAUUUCUAAUCUCUUGCCAUUGCGAGGAAAUGGAUGCAAUGAUGGUUGUUUUUUUUGUUUUUGUUAAAAAUGCUGUUGUAACACUUAGGGAACAUUGAAGUUGAUUUAUGAAUUAUGGUCAUUACUGUUAUUUCUUUAUUAUUUUGAAGUUUUCUUAAGGAAAGAAAUUGCUUUCUGAAACAUUUUCUGUCCUUGGCAGCAACUAUUUCUUUGUUAAUGUUUAUGAUUACUUGAACCCUGUUUUAAUUUUCCAUUUAAAUACCAACAACCACAGCCUGUAGACCUUUGACAUCAGUACUUCAUAUUUCCAGCAGUAAUUACAUAGUUUUGAGAUUUACAGAAUUUGGCUUUUGUUUACGUUCACUGUAAUCUUACUGACAGUUCACAACAUUUUCAAGUAUAUUUUUAUUUCCAAACAUUAGUGUUUAAAAUACUUUAUAAGCCACAGUUAUAGAUAGAAUUUAACAAAUGUAAAGCAAUAAGAUUAUACAUAUUUUUUAAUUGCUUAAUUUAACUGUUAAUAAUGGUAGUGCAAAACAUUUUACAGUUACAAAAUCCUGUCACUUUUUAAUCACUACUAAAAGACAACAAGCUGUAUUAUGAUUUUGAAAACCGUGCAAUACUGCUGACAAUUUAAAUAUCUGUUUUAAAGUAUAAUAUUUAAAUAACUGAUAUAACCCAUAGAAUUUUCCAGCAAUACAAUUUUAAAAGGCCAUUGCUAUCUUUGUGCAAAGGUUUUAAAUAAUUUCUCUUUGAAAUUUUUGAAGUACAUCCGUAUAGGUACUGCAAAUGGUGCUUACCUGUUAGGGUGUUCUAGACGUUUACUUUUUUCUGAAUAUUCAACUGAGAGCAAUAAAAAAAGUUUUAAAAGUU